AACAAACAUUUUGUUUAUUGUGUUGCGAUGUAGUUGUCGCAUGUAGUGCGUAGUAAUCGUACACGAUUAAUUUGAUACAGCCCAGUGAAUUAUUUGACUCCGCAAACACGCGAAUUAAUGUUGGACAGAGUAACAUUGACUGAUUCUAUUCAUCUAUUGCUGUGACAACCACGAUUAUUUAUCUAAAAUCGGUUGUGAAGACUGAUGUAAACAAUUGAGACAUCGAACAUUUUACGCAGUCAAAUUAACGUCUUAAAUCACAGUUAAUUAUCAGCACCAUGGCGAGUAAAACCAAAAAGCGAAAGAUUGAUGUUAAGCAGAAGCAUAUUGACGACCUACCAAACGACGUGUUGAAUGAAAUAUUCAAACACUUGGCCAUCAAGACGUUCAUGAGAUGUAGACGGGUGAACAAACGGUGGAAAUCUGCAAUUGACGAGUACAUGCCUCGGUACCGGGUCAACGAACUGGUUAUUUACAAUGAUGAAGAUGAAUGCGGUGUGAUGGUGGACACAUUUUUCUACAUAGACAAACCCAUUGAUAAAGACAUUAUGUUCCGUAACUCGGAUCUAAAGCUGAUCCAGAACAUUCCGUUGAGAUUGGAUUCGUUGACUCGUCUGAAACUGGAGGGUGUGCUGAUUUUCCGUUGGGGAAGUAAGGCGAAGGUGGAUUUAAGCAUCCUCAACACAUUAACUGCAUUGGAACAUCUCGAACUGCCAGUGGUGAAUCCGAAAAACACGACAAUAUCACUGCCAGUCCUUCGCAUUCUCUACAUUUACUCGACUGGUUCGCGAAGAGGCUUAACGGUUGAUUGUCCGAAAUUGGAGAUUUUCGGUUGUGAGGAAGACUUAGGUACGAUCCAUUUCGUACACACCCAGUCGAUCAAAGAGCUUCAGAUCCAAUCUGUGCCUCGAAAUAUGGAAGAAUUCGAAAAUGUUGAAGUGUUCAGGACGAGCAGUCCACACUCGCUUUUCGUUCGGAUAUUGGUUCAAUUGACCGGUUUACGUGAAUUGCAUCUGGAUGAACACAAACACGUACACGUAUCGUACUACAAAGCCCGAAAGAAUCUGAAUCGAUUGAUUGAGCAGAAAAGAAAACUGAAGAAAAUCAAUCUGAAAAUCUUCUUCUACAAUCAACUGCUGGAGGAUGGUAAGACAGUUGGAGAUUAUAAAAUCUAUCGGAAAUUCAGAAAUGCAUUCGACGAUGUUGUCGACGGUGAUGACACGGACGCUUACGAUUCAGAUGAAUGAGAUUUUCUGUUUGCCAAGAUGUUUGUUCUUUACCGAUGUUUCAAAUAAAUUCUGUUUCUUCUAUGA